AUGACUAAGAUGGCUGCGGCGGAUGCUGGGCCGUCCGCCGACGGAGACGAGGAGGAGGACGACGACCCGUUCAAGAUCACCGACGACAUGACCGAGGAGGAGAAGAUGAACAUCCGGUACGCGCGGAUUGCGGCAGAGCAAAAGGCGGCACGCGAGGCCGAGAUGCGGGCCAUGGUCUCUGCGGCCAAGAAGAACGUGGUGGAGGAGGCGUCGACGGUGGCGCAGGUCGACGCCAACGAGCCGAUGUGGGUGAAGCAGCAAAAGUACGCGUUUGCCGGGUGGGUCAACUCGAUUCUCGCCGAGGUCGGCCUCCACGUCCAGCGUGACAUCUCCAAGGCUUUUGACGACGGCCUGUUUCUCAUCCCGCUCGCGGAGCUCCUCACCGAGGACUACUGCGCGCCGCAUGUGAAGCGGCCCAAGUUCCGGAUCCAAAAGAUCCAGAACGUUGACCUCGCGAUGCAGCUCUUCCGCAAGCACGGCUUCCGCGGGUCGUACUCGAACGAGAACCUCGUCGACGGCAACCGCGAGCUUGUGCUCGGCUUUAUCUUUACUCUCUUUGUCGAGUUUGUGGGCGGUGACAAGUCGUCGCGGUCAAAGUCGGACGAUAUCCUCAAGUGGGUGCAGGACCAUGUCAACGACAAGCCACAGUACGACGGCGUGCAUGUUGGCGACCUCUCCGGGUCGUUCAAGGACGGGCGCGCCUUUGGUGCCCUCCUCAACGCGCUCGACAACGAGUACCUCGACUACGGCAGCGCCAUCUCGGCCGACGGCCACGUGGCCAACCACGAGGCUGCGUACGACGCGGCGCACAACGUGCUUGGCGUGCCCAAGCUCCUCCAGGCCGCAGACAUGACCGCCCCGGACUCGGAUCCCGACGACAAGGCAGUUAAGAUGUACCUCAUGCUCAUCCGGGCCGCGCACGCCAAGCGGGUCGCCGACGCCACCGCCCGCGACUCCUUUGCCGCCUCGCUCCGUGACCGGCUCGAGGCGAUGGACACGGGCGACCUGUGGCGGCUCUACGACGGGCUCUGCAACCACGACGGCGACUGCCCCGAGUGCCAGUGCGACCUCACCCCGUACUUUGUCUUUACCCGCUAUCCUUCCAAGGCCUCGACCAUCAAGCCGCUCGUCGAGCUGUAGCCUUUCUCGCUCCAUGUCUAAACCGGCACCCAUCGGUUCAGGCCGUAGCCGUGCGCAGAUUGGGCGUGCUCGAUCGGGAGCGAGGCCUCGGCAGCCGCUUCUGGUCUGCGUGCGAAAAUCGGCCGAUUCAGUCUGACCGGGUCAAAGGCCACAGAGCCACAGACGGCUUUUCCUCAUGUGGAGCCAACAACCCACAACAUCGCACUCUGUAAAGCCUUUUUAC